AUGGCUUCGCGUUUGGCUAAGAGCGCCAUUGGCGUCACCCGGCUGCGGCCGACCCUUCCUUCGCGCAACGUCGCUGCCAUCACGGCCAACCUCUCCGCAACUCGCUCUGCUUCCAACGUCCCUACCGAAGACCCCAAGCAGAAGGCUCAGUCUAUCCUCGAUGCCAUCCCCGGAAACUCGCUGGUCUCCAAGACCGCCAUCCUCUCUGCCACCGCCGGUCUUUCUGUCGCCGCCAUCAGCAACGAGCUCUACGUGAUGAACGAGGAAACCGUUGCCGCCUUCUGUUUGCUCAGCGUUUUCACCGCUGUUGCCAAGUACGGUGGCCCUGCUUACCGCGAGUGGGCUGAGGGUCAGGUUCAGAAGCACAAGGACAUCCUGAACGCUGCCCGUGCCGACCACACCAACGCCGUUCAGCAGCGCAUGGACAACGUUAAAGAGCUCUCUGGUGUUGUUGACCUCACCAAGCAACUCUUUGCUGUUUCCAAGGAAACCGCCCAGCUUGAGGCUCAGGCCUACGAACUUGAGCAGCGUACCGCUCUUGCAACUGAGGCCAAGCAGGUCCUUGACUCGUGGGUUCGCUACGAGGGUCAGGUCAAGCAGCGCCAGCAGCGUGAACUCGCUGAGAGCGUCAUUGGCAAGAUCCAGAAGGAGCUCGAGAACCCCAAGACUCUUCAGCAGAUCCUCAGCCAGAGCGUUUCUGACGUUGAGCGCAUCAUGUCCUCCAAGGCCCAGUAA